AUGCCAAACAAGUCUGAAAACGAAGUACUCAUCGUCUUCUGUUGCGUUUUGACUGCUUUGGUGUUCAACAAGCCAAAGUGUUGUAGUAGUGGUGGCCGUUGUUGUAGUACUGUUAGUGGUAGAAGUAGUAUUAGUGGGCCUUGUAGUAUUGUUAGUGGUAGAUGUAGUAGUGGUGGAUGUUGUAGUAGUGUUAGUGGUAGUUGUUGUAGUUGUGGUAGAUAUAGUUGUGUUAGUGGUACAUAUUGUAUUACUGGUGGAUGUUGUUGUGUUAGUGGUAGAUGUUGUUGUAGUAGCGGUGGAUGUUGUAGUUGUGUUAGUGGUGGAUGUAGUUGUGUUAGUGGUAGAUGUAGUAUUAGUGGGCCUUGUAGUAUUGUUAGUGGUAGAUGUAGUAGUGGUGGAUGUUGUAGUACUGUUAUUGGUAGAUGUUGUAGUAGUGUUAGUGGUAGUUGUUGUAGUUGUGGUAGAUAUAGUUGUGUUAGUGGUACAUAUUGUAUUACUGGUGGAUGUUGUUGUGUUAGUGGUAGAUGUUGUUGUAGUAGCGGUGGAUGUUGUAGUUGUGUUAGUGGUGGAUGUAGUUGUGUUAGUGGUAGAUGUUGUUGUAGUGGUGGACAUUGUAGUUGUGUUAGUGGUAGAUGUUGUUGUAGUAGCGGUGGACAUUGUAGUUGUGUUAGUGGUAGAUGUUUUAGUAGUGGUGGAUGUUGUAGUAGCGGUGAACGUAGUAGUUGUGUUAGUGGUAGAUGUUGUAGUAGCGGUGGACGUUGUAGUUGUGUUAGUGGUGGAUGUUGUGUUAGUGGUAGAUGUAGUUGUUUUAGUGGUAGAUGUAGUUGUUUUAGUGGUAGAUGGAGUUGUUUUAGUGGUAGAUGUUGUUGUAGUAGUGGUGGAUGUUGUAGUUGUGGUAGAUGUUGUAGUAGUGGUGGAUAUUGUAGUUGUGUUAGUGGUAGAUGUUUUAGUAGUGGUAGAUGUUGUAGUUGUGUUGGUGGUAGAUGUUGUUGUUGUAGUAGCGGUGGACGUUGUAGAUGUGUUGGUGGUAGAUGUUGUGGUAGCGGUGGACGUUGUAGUUGUGUUAGUGGUAGAUGUUGUAGUAGUGGUGGAUGUUGUUGUGUUAGUGGUAGAUGUUGUAGUAGCGGUGGACGUUGUAGUUGUGUUAGUAGUGGAUGGUCUAAUAGUGGUAGAUGUUGUAGUAGUGGUGGAUGUUGUAGUUGUGUUAGUAGUGGAUGUUCUAAUAGUGGUAGAUGUUGUAGUAGCGGUGGACGUUGUAGUUGUGUUAGUGGUAGAUGUUGUAGUAGUGGUGGAUGUGGUUGUGUUGGUGGUAGAUGUAGUAGUGGUGGAUGUUGUAGUUGUGUUAGUGGUAGAUGUUGUAGUAGCGGUAGACGUUGUAUUUGUGUUAGUGGUAGUUGUUGUAGUAGCGGUGGAUGUUGUAUUUGUGUUAGUGGUAGAUGUUGUAGUAGUGGUGGAUGUGGUUGUGUUGGUGGUAGAUGUUGUAGUAGUGGUGGAUGUUGUAGUUGUGUUAGUGGUAGAUGUUGUAGUAGCGGUAGACGUUGUAUUUGUGUUAGUGGUAGUUGUUGUAGUAGCGGUGGAUGUUGUAUUUGUGUUAGUGGUAGUUGUUGUAGUAGCGGUGGAUGUUGUAGUUGUGUUAGUCGUAGUUGUUGUAGUAGCGGUGGACGUUGUAGUUGUGUUAGUGGUAGAUGUUCUAAUAGUGGUGGAUGUUGUAGUUGUGUUAGUAGUGGAUGAUGUUGUUUUAGUAUUAGUCAAAGGCAUGCCCUGGUAGAAUGUGUGAUCUUGGCGUUUAGUAUCUGAGGUUGUGAAU